AUGCCACUACUGAUGCGAAGGCCACUACUACAUUACUCCGCCAUCUUCAGAUAUGGCGUAGCUCUCAGGCACAAAACCUUCGCUCUUCCAUUUUUACACCAACGAAGUUUCACUUAUGUUUCCAGUGAUGAGUCCGACCUUGAAUCCGACUCUUCUCACUCUCAAUCGCAACCGGUCAAUCGUCCGCUGAGAGGAUGCUUAGAAAAGGCCCAGAAUUUGGAUGAAUCGCUUCUUCACUUCAACGAGCUAGACCCAUCUUUGAAAAGUACGCGAAUUUGUAAAGAGUUAUUGAUGAGUUUGCUCAAAUCGGGUCGUACUGAUGAUGCCCGCCACGUGCUCGAUCAAAUGCUUGAACCGGAUUCUGUGUUUCCUCCUGAUCAUUUCGUUGAUGAAGUUGUUUUUGGUGAGUUGGUGAAGAGGGACCGCCCUGGAAAAGGCUUUGCUGAUGAGGAAAUUGUGGGGUUGGUUACUAAGCUUGGUGAGCGUGGAGUUUUCCCGGAUACGUUUAAGCUUACUCAGAUGAUAUCCAAGCUGUGUGGGAAAUGGAAGAACUCUGCUGCAUGGGAACUUUUGCAUGCUGUGAUGAAAUUAGGUGGUACAGUUGAAGUUGCAUCUUGCAAUGCCUUGUUAUCGGGGCUUGGAAGGGAAAGAGAUAUUCCGAAGAUGAAUAGACUGUUGGCAGAGAUGGAAGAAAGGAAAAUAAAUCCUAGUGUCAUAACCUAUGGGAUUCUUAUUAAUCAUUUGUGCAAGAGUAGGAGGAUUGAUGAGGCACUGCAGGUGUUUGAUAAAUUGAGAUGUAAAGGAGGAAAGAAUCGGAUUGGUGUCGAACCUGAUGUGGUCUUGUAUAAUAAUCUGAUUAAUGGACUUUGUAAAGUUGGGAGGGAAGAAGACGAUUUGAGUUUGUUGGAAGAGAUGAAAACUGAGAAGAAAAAUAUGCCAAAUACUGUUACAUAUAAUUGCUUGAUUGAUGGGUUCUGCAAAGCUGGCAACAUUGAUAAAGCAUGCCAGCUAUUCAAUCUGAUGAAUGAGGAACAAGUACAGCCAUAUGUGGUCACCCUCAAUACAUUGGUUGACGGUAUGUGCAAAGUCCGAAGAGUCUAUAGUGCAGUUGAGUUUUUCAACGAGAUGAAAGGCAAGGGCCUGAAAGGAAAUGCUGUUACUUACACUGCGCUGAUAUCUGCCUUCUGUAGUGUGAAUAAUAUUGAUAAAGCUAUGCAAUAUUUUGAUGAGAUGUUGAGUUCUGGAUGCUCACCGGAUGCAAUUGUUUACUAUAGUUUGAUAUCUGGUUUAACCAUUGCUGGAAGGAUGGAUGAUGCCAGUGUUGUUGUGUCACAGUUGAAACGGGCCGGGUUUCGUCUUGAUAGAGCUUGUUACAAUGUUCUGAUAAGUGGAUUCUGCAAAAAGAAGAAACUGGAAUGA